AUUCAUUAAUAGAGUGUUUGCUUGAUUCAUCUCUCUCUCCAUCUUUUUUCCUUUCUCCAGUGCUCUCUUUCUCUCUCUCUAAGAAACCAUUUUCUUUCUCUUGCCAAGAAAACCCAUCUAAGGAGGAGAUCAGAUUUAACAGGUGAUGAUAUAAAGAAGAUCUGGUGAUAUGCACAAGUAUUUGGGAAGCGAAGAGGCAAAUAGUAACAGUGGAAGAAGAUUCAAAUGUUCUUAUCCACUGAGAACCCACCACGUGACCCACUUUCAUCUUCUUCUUCUUCUCCUUCCUCCAAUCUCUUACGUCUCACCACUUCUUCUUCCCAUGAGUUAGGUCAAUCCAGUUUCUCCAUCAGAGAUUACGCAUACAGUAACAGGAAGAACAACAUCAAGAACAGCUGGCCGUUUUCUCCCAAAAGUCUCCAGCUUUGUUCAUCUCAUGGAUUGACUGAUCCUUUGCCACCGUUUCAGAAACUUUCCAGGCUUAGUAACCAGUUUGAGACUUCAUCGUCAGGGAAGCAAAUCGUAUCCCAUGUGCAUCAGACAAUAGCAGAGACUAGUAAAAGAGUUUGCAGCCAAUCAAGGAUCAUUGAGAAUGGUUUGGUUACUAGCAGAAGCGUUUCCAAGUCUAAGGUAGAGAUAGUAGUAGCUGCUACAAGUAAUAACAAGAGUAAAAAGUGUGGACGAGGAGGAGGAAUGGUGAAGUCCAAAGAAGAUAGUUGUGGGACGACUACUGAAUCAGUCAUGGCUUCAAAGACAUGUCCUAUUUGCAAAACUUUCUCAUCAGCUUCUAACACUACUUUGAAUGCUCAUAUCGACCAGUGUCUGUCUGUGGAUUCAUCAGUCCCACCGGUUAGUAUUAAGCCAAACAAGCCUAGAGUUAAACCUGUUGACUCAGCAGUGCCACCGGUUAGUAGUAAGCCAAGCAAGCCUAGAGUUACUUCUGCUGAUUCAGCAGUGCUACCGGCUAGUAGUAAGCCUAGAGUUAAGCCACAGGUGAAAGUUAAAACGCUGGUUGAUAUCUACGCUACUGCCAAAGAAUGCACAUUAGAAGAUCUUGACAGGAGAAAUGGAACACAGUGGGCGUCUGUUUUGAGCUGGACAAACCGGGUUGCUGCUGAUAAAUGUGAAGUGUCUAAGAAGCGGAAAGCUUCUCCUGUGGGAGUUGGUCCUGUUUAUAUCGAUGCCAAGGGCCAAAAACUGCGGAUUUUAACAGAGUUUAGCCAGAAGAAGAUUCUGUCAAGAGAGCAGCACGAGGAUGGUAGUAGUGAAAAGAAAAGUUCAAGCCAAGGUAGUAAAGAAAACAAGAAGAGAGGUCGAAGAAAGAAACAUGGCAAGUGUAUCAAAGUAACCAGUCACAAAGCCAAUGCUUCAGAGGUACUUGAGUAUCAAAGAGAGGGUAGCAGCAAGGGUCUUCGUAGCAUCUAUAAUCAGCGGAUGUUAGCAAAACGUGGUCUGGUUUCAAAGAAGCUAAACGAGAAAGAACAUAAAUUAUGUGCUUUGAGGGAUCAGCCAUCUGAUGAUGAUGAUGAGGAUGAAUGGUCAGGAGAAGAUCGUAUUGUGUUGAGAGGUGCAGAUACGUCUGCCACUGGUUCUGCUCCUUUAAAUAAACAGAAGCUGCGGAGCCAAGUCUCUGGAAGGUGCAAGACUAUGUUUGAGAGUAAAAGAGCUCACAGUCGUUCAUCUAGAGCUCAAAUAGAGGAGAAAUCACUUGCAGGAGCUUAUUCAAACACUGUCCACUCGAAGAAGAGCCUUGCUUCGAUUCAAGAAGACAAGCAUCCACCUGGAAAGAAUGUCAGAGAUGCAUCUCCUCGUGCAACUAGCAUGAGAAACUUGUCCCCACCAUUUGUAGCAAAUGGCUGGAGACGAUUAUCACCACCCGUGGAAGAGCUAAAGAAAUCUCGGUUUGAUUUGUCAGAUGAAGAAGAAGAAGAAACUGGAAAAUGGGAGUCUGAAAUGACACAAGAACGUGAACUAUCAGAUGAUGAUGAUUAUGUUUCAGGUGAUGAUAAUCCUUCAUUUAGUAGAUACUAUGAUUAUGAUGAUGACGAAGAAAGUAGUGAUGAGGAGGAGGAAGAUGAUAGCAACAGUAGAGCCAAUGUGUUGGACAAAAGCAAUGAUGCUAAUGAAAUCAUACCUAGCGAGAGAGCAAUGUAUUACUCUGAAGAUAUGAUUUAUGGGCAAAGCGGUUGCGAUGAAGAGGAUGUGAGGUUUGGUUCUGAGGUGAGAGGAAAAGGAAGCUUGUUUGUAGAGGUUGAUGCCAUUCCCAUUCCAGGCCCUCCAGGCUCAUUUCUACCGAGUCCACGUGGUAUGGGGUUUGAUGGAAACUCUUCUGUUAUCACAAGCCAGUUCCAAUCUUCUAUGGACCAGCUUGACAGAAACUCAUCUGAAUCACCUGUUUCCGCGGUUUCGAACUUUGCAGCUGGUAGAUUGAAUUUUCCCGCAGAGUUUCCUUCUUCUUUGGACAUUCCAAUGAGCUUUGGUGUUCCAUCUCAUCAUGGAACUAUCCCUGAGGCUGAGCCGAAGAGUGUUGACAAGGCAACAACACCUUUGAGUUUUAGAAACAAUGGUCAUGAGUCCUGUUGUUGCCAAAGAAAAGAGAGAGUCUCCUUGAAUCAUGAAGCGUCUCAUCUACUGCAGCGAAGAGCUGCUUCUUCUUCAUCAAUAGCCAUGAGCUUAACCAAGUCUCCCACACGCUUGGAUCCAAAUCAUCCGUUUGAGUACGUUCAUAGUACAUUCUCCAACAGAGCUGUUGUGCCUCCUAGUCCUUCUAACUCGGUUUUACGGUUAAUGGGGAAAGACUUGAUGGUCAUGAACCAAGGAGAAGCAGACAAUAAGGAAGAAGCAUCUCGGACUAGCUUAAAACCAUCCCCUCAGUUUCAUGAUCAUCAGCCUUGUGAUGGAAACGGCUUAUACUUCAACACAGGUCUCUAUUUAAGAAACAGUUUCGAGCCAAAGCAUCAGCAGCAGACACCAGUACCACAGCAACAAACACAAGUUUCACCAUUCAGAAACAAUUUUGAUCAUGUGAGGUACUUUUCUCCGAGCUAGUCAACGUAAAGUUUGGACCUUUAUGCAGUUUAAGAAGAAACGGAGAAAGUGGGUUCUCAUCGAGCAUUGGGGUUUUAAGGUUGUACUUGUAUGUUCUACGGCAUUUUCCAUGCUUUUUAUCUCUUUCUGCAGAGACUGUUGUGUAGUUACGGUUUACAGAGAAAAAAACAAACACUUGAAAAUAACAAACAUUCUGUAGAAGACAAAGUAACUUUACUAAUCGCGUUUCAUUGCCAUCA